UUGUUUAGCUUUCAGAGAAAAGUUAAAAUUCAAAAUGUUUUCGUUGUGGAAAAUUUUGAAGAUUUUAAUGAAAAAGUUGUCAAUUCGCCAAUUCCAGUUUUAGUUGAUUUUUAUGCAGAUUGGUGCGGUCCAUGUCAAUUACUUGGUCCAAGAAUUGAAGCUAAAGUAAAUGGUAAUAAUGGAAUGGUGCUUCUUGCUAAAGUGAACGUUGAUUAUGCUGGUGAUCUUGCAAUGGAUUAUGAUGUUAAAGUUGUUCCAACUGUUUUAGCUUUUAAGGAUGGCAAUCUGGUUGGGCGAUUCGAAGGUGAUCAUCCAGAUGAUUAUCUUAACGAUUUUAUAGCUGAUAUUAUAGAAAAAUAA